UUGAGCGAUUGUGAAUAGCAUUCCUCUUUGGGUCAAUUUUCAACAUAGUCUGCAUAAAACUGCAUGAACAAACUCUUACUGCUGCAAAUAUACAAAAUAUGGGGGAAAGCCUUCAUGUAGUGAUGCUUCCAUGGUCUGCCUUUGGCCACAUGAUGCCUUUUUUCCAGCUUUCCAUAGCCUUGGCAAAAGCCGAAGUUCAUGUCUCCUACAUCUCCACCCCAAAAAACAUCCAAAGGCUCCCCAAAAUCUCACCUGAUUUGCAACCCUUUAUACAUCUAGUCUCCAUCCCAUUUCCUGCUUUGGCUUCUGGGUUCUUGCCAGAAGGUGCUGAGGCAACUGUGGACAUACCCUUUGAGAAAAUGGACAACUUCAAGAUUGCAUAUGACCUCCUGCAACAACCCAUCAAGCAGUUCAUUGGGGAUCAAUUACCUGAUUGGAUAAUAGUUGAUUUUUCUGCUCACUGGGCGGUAGAGAUUGGCAAGGAGUUUGGUGUUCCACUUGUCUACUUCUCUGCUUUCUGUGCAGCUACAUGUGUUUUCCUUACUUCAUUAGAAAAUAUCUCCAAAGCUAAUACAGAUCAUGAUGUUCUGUCAUCACCAGAAAGCCUCACAUCACCGCGGGAUUUCGGGACUUUUCGGUCAACGAUAGCAUAUCGGAAGCAUGAGGCAGUUGAUAUAUACGCAGGCUUUUAUGAACUAAAUGAUUCUGGGAUAAGUGAUUCUGACAGGCAUAACAAGAUUUUAUUAGCAUGUCAAGCUGUAGCAGUGCGCAGUUGCAAUGAGUUUGAAGGAGAAUACUUAGAGGCAUACAAGAACAAAACUGGACAGCUUGUGAUUCCCACAGGUUUGCUUCCACCAGAGCAACCAUCUGCCAAAAGAGAAAUCAGUUCUGAUGGGUCACCAAACAAUGUGAUAUUUGAUUGGCUUGAUAAACAAAAACCCAAGUCAGUUGUGUUUGUUGGGUUUGGAUCUGAGUGUAAGCUGAGCAAGGAACAAGUCUUUGAGAUUGCUCAUGGGCUUGGGCUAUCAGAGCUUCCAUUUCUCUGGGCACUUAGAAAACCCAACUGGGCUAACAGUGAAGCUGAUGCUUUGCCUCCUGGUUUUGUUGAGCGCACAUCAGAGAAAGGGCUUGUUUGCUUGGGAUGGGUGCCCCAGAUGGAAAUUUUGGGGCACCCAUCAGUUGGGGGGUCUCUGUUUCACUCUGGAUGGGGCUCUGUAAUUGAAACUCUGCAAUUUGGGCAUGUUCUUGUUGUUUUGCCAUUCAUUAUUGAUCAGCCUUUGAAUGCAAGGCUUCUGGUGGAGAAGGAUCUGGCUGUUGAAGUAAAACGCACAGAAGAUGGGUCGUUUUGCAAAGAUGAUAUAGCCAAAACACUGAGACAUGCAAUGGUGGCAGAGGAAGGAGAGAAACUAAGAAGCAAUGCAAGGAAAGCUGCCAAAGUUUUUGGAGAUCACAAGCUGCACCAAGACCACUACCUUGGCCAAUUUGUCCAUUACCUUAAAAAUAAUGUCCCAAGAAGGUCAUUUUAG